AUGUCACGACACCGUAUUAAAGAUGUGGGAUACGAUGAUGAAGACUACUACUCAGACGAUGGGUACGCGUCACCUGACCCUGAAGAACAGGAAUUUGCGCAGCAGUGUACUACACUUGUUUUGCAACAGCUGAGUGCGGGGCAGCCCUCAGUUACUGCCACGAAACAAGAAGUCCAAGAUGCUUUGUGGCAUUACUACAAUGAUAUCGAGAAGUCGGUCAACUACUUGAGAGGCAAGAAAGAGAAGGAGGCUACAAAGCAAAAGUCAAAGGCACAAACAGUGCCAGCAUAUCCUGCUCCUCCUUCCGCGGCGGCACACUUCUCGGCUGCUGACUUCUUUCGCGACUGCCCUUGGCUCAACGUGCCCACUCACCGGAAGACGGACAUAUUGGUUGAGCCACUUUACCCCCGCCUGGGUCUCCUGGGAGGUGCACCCGAGGCUGGCGGGAAAGUCUCGAAGUUGGCGGCCUUGGCUGCAGCUCGAAAGAAGAAAGAGGGAGCUACGGCGGAGGCAUCAGCUGCACUGAACCCUCGGUCCGAACAGUCUGAGACGCCGUCUCCUGACCCUCAAGGCACGCCACGAUCUCUUCGCGAGAGGCUUGCAGCUAGUGGAAGGUCAACACCGAAGCCUGCAGAAGGCCUGGGGUCUUUAGGGCGUCCGGCGAAACCAAUAUCCUCCUCCCCCUCUCCCGUACAGAAGGAUUCAACAUCUGAGCCCCGUGAGCCCCGGAAGCCCCUUGUACCGCAGGUAUCCCCACCUGCAUCGCGGGAUAUCGAGGAACUCAAAGAGCCAGAGCGUCAGCAGUCACAGCCGAGUAUCCGUGCCUUGCCAUCCACAUUUGCCAGCACUAUCGUUGGCACAUCUCGUCCUACAAUCGCCGAGCACAGCCAUUUGCAUUCAAACAGCAGAGACCUUUUGAGAAUAUAUGGACAGGAUAAUGCUGAACCCUUUGACUUUGCAGCGCCCAGCCCCGACGAUGUCGUUCUCAAUGCACAGAACGCAGCGAAAGGAAUGAAGUCCAAAUCGGCUGUAUCGAAAGCGGCAGGUGACAAGAAAGGUCAAUCUGAUUUGGCUGGUGAAAUCAAAGACCUAUCAGUCGAAGACAAAGUGACUGUCAAGAGCAAGAACCUUGAUGUUCUGGCAGAAUACAAGAACUCCACCCGCAAGAGGUCGGCCAACUUUGUGGUUAUUGGCCAUGUUGAUGCUGGAAAGAGUACGCUUAUGGGCCGACUGUUGGCAGAUCAAGGCGCCAUCGAUCAACGGACGUUAGAAAAGUAUCGGCGGGAGGCCGAGAAGAUUGGCAAAGGAUCAUUUGCACUGGCCUGGGUCCUGGACCAAGGGUCGGAGGAGAGAGCACGAGGUGUUACGAUAGAUAUUGCCACCAACCAGUUUGAGACUGAAAAGACUGCCUUCACUAUUGUCGAUGCACCGGGCCACCGUGACUUUGUCCCCAACAUGAUCGCCGGUGCCAGUCAGGCAGACUUCGCUGUUCUGGUUAUCGACUCCAGUGUUGGCAAGUUCGAGUCGGGAUUGAAGGGUCAGACCAAGGAGCAUGCUCUGUUGGUGCGCAGUAUGGGCGUUCAGAAAAUUGUUGUGGCUGUGAACAAGAUGGACACAGUACAAUGGGAUCAUGAACGCUUUGAGGAGAUUGAACAGCAAAUUUCUGCCUUCUUGACCACCGCGGGAUUCCAAGAAAACAACAUUUCAUUUGUGCCUUGCUCCGGAGUUCUGGGAGACAACAUCUCUCGGCGCAGUGAGGAUUCUCAUGCAUCCUGGUACACAGGUCGCACGUUGAUUGAAGAAUUGGAAACCUCAGAGCCAUACACACAUGCACUCGAGAAACCCUUGCGCAUGACAAUUGGCGAUGUGUUCCGCGGUGGCGUUCAAAAUCCGCUCUCUAUCUCUGGUCGUCUCGACGCUGGCAGUCUGCAAGUGGGUGACCAGAUUCUCACCAUGCCCAGCGGUGAAACAGCAACAGUCCGCAGUCUAGAGGUCGACAAUGAGCCAAAUGACUGGGCCGUGGCCGGUCAAAACGUUGUCUUGAAUAUUGCCAAUAUCGACCCGAUUCACCUCCGCUCUGGUGAUGUCGUUUGCCGCCCCUCCUCUCCCAUCCCUACCAUCACUACUUUUACCACCAAGGUCCUGGCUUUCGAGCACCUCAUGCCUAUGCAGGUGGACGUACACCGUGGCCGUCUCCACGUGCCUGGCCGCAUCAGCAAGCUGGUAGCUUCUCUUGACAAAGCUUCAGGUGAGGCUGUCAAGAAACGGCCAAAGAUUGUCGGCCCUGGUACUGUGGCGCGUAUUGUGGUUGAGAUGGAUCAGGCUGUGCCUCUUGAGGCGCCGACGAGGAUCGUUCUGCGUGCGGGAGGCUCAACUGUUGCGGCUGGUUUGUUAGAGUAA